AUGGAGGACUUCAACAGCCUCGAAGCGAACAUCAAAUCGUCCCUCCUCGCGACCAUCCGCAGCGCCAACUCACUCGGCAACGAAGACCUCGCCUUCCACCGAUCGCUCGACUCGUCUGUCGGCACCACCCUCGACCAGCAGAAUGCGCGUCUUCUGGGUCUUGCGGAACGUCUUCUGGGCGUUUCGACAGCGAACACGGAGCUUGUACGUCCUCCGCGACUGAAAGAUAUCGACUCGGUCGAAGGCAACUGGAAGGCCGUCGUUGAUGUCGUCGACAGCCUGCUCGAGCGCGCCGAUACUGCCUUGGAUGAGUUUACUGGCGCUGUGAAGAGAUUGAGUCCGGGAAUUGAGCAGGCGGCUCCUUCCAAACCGCCCAAGGUCUCUCGAAUCGCUGCCGCGCUCAAGACACAGGAGCUUGAGAAGCCACAGCUGCACUUCGACCACGUGCCCAAGAACGAUGAGGUGCUUCCCUUCAAGCCGCUCCUGCAGAGCAAACCGCAUGCUGCAGUGCCGCUGGAGACUUCGCCCAUCGCUUCUGACGAGGACACGCAAGAAUCGUACGCCUACCAUCUCAUUUCUCACUCUCGACUUGGUGUGCUGGACCAUGAAGAUGGUCUGAAGCAUCUUUUCUCUUUCAGUAACAAAGCUUCACGCUUCGAGUUCUUCUUUCCUACAUCCAAGUCUUUGAAACUCCGCUGUUGGAACAUUGAUCCUAACGUACCAAACAGAUACCCACACCCCUACCAGCUUGAAAUCGAGCAGUACCGAUACCCGUCGUCCGUCUAUACCAUCAGCGAACCGAUCAUGUACCAGCCCUUCGAAUCCACGACCGCCACAUUCGUCGAUACCGAGGAAGCACUAUACGAAAUGCUUGAAGAGUUGAAGCAGGCGAAAGAGAUUGCAAUCGAUCUGGAACAUCACGACAGCAGGACAUACAUAGGUAUAGUAUCACUCAUGCAGAUCAGCACGCGCGACAAGGACUGGGUUGUGGAUACGCUUCAGCCGUGGAGGAGAAAGAUGCAAUGCUUGAAUGAGGUGUUUGCCGAUCCUGGCAUCCUCAAGAUCUUGCACGGCGCAUACAUGGACAUUGUGUGGCUGCAACGAGACCUUGGACUGUACAUUGUCGCGCUCUUCGACACGCAUUAUGCCUCACGAGCAUUGGGCUACACUGGUGGAAGUCUGGCUUUCCUUCUGAAGAAGUUCAUCAACUUUGACGCGCAAAAGCAGUAUCAGAUGGCAGACUGGCGGAUACGGCCACUUCCGCAAGAAUUGUUCGACUACGCCAGAAGCGACACCCACUUCCUGCUUUACAUCUUCGACAAUAUGCGGAAUGAGCUAGUGCAGAGGUCGGACUUCUCAAAGCCAGAUCACGAGGGUGACAAGCUGUGGGAUGUGCUACAGAAGAGUACCGAGGUCGCAUUACAGAGAUACGAGCACCCGAUCUACGACGCAGAAUUGGGACAAGGUGCUGGAGGAUGGUAUAAGAUGCUGUCGCGAACCCCAGCACUCUUCUCGAAAGAGCAGUUCUCCGUCUUCCGCGCAGUGCACAAGUGGCGAGACGAAGUGGCAAGAGAGCAAGACGACAGCACGCACUAUGUCAUGCCGAACCAUCAAGUGCUGAGCAUUGCCAAGGCCAUGCCACCGAACCGACUGGCAUUGCUUGGUGUAGCGCAGCCGACAACACAGACCGUCAAGCUGAGGGCGGAUGAGCUGGUCAGUGUGAUUGCGAAGGCGAAGGAGGCAGGAAAGGAGGGACCAGCAAUGAUGGACAUUCUCAACAAAAUCGAGCCGCAAGCACCGCGGAAAUCAGCGCCUGUACAAGCAGCCCCAGCAGAAGCAACGCCAGAAAAGACGGGACCCACUGCAAGUGCUUCUGGCACAGCUUCUAUGGCCGACUACAAACCUUCGACAUCACUCCCGCUGCGAAGUUCAACUUCAACCUUCUGGGGUUCAGCUUUCGACAACAGCGCGCAUCAAAAGCGGGAGAUGUCAUCGACUAGCAACGUUUCCCUGGCUGUACCCCUACCACCACUAACAGCAGAGAUCUUCGCCAAUCCGAACGAGGUGGAAGCGGAGCCGCCGACACCAGAACCUAUUCCUGCUCCAGCUGUGGAAGUGCCGGCUGACGAUGACACUUUUAUCCUCAAAGAGCGCAACGGGAAGCGAAAGCGCACGAUAGACAAGUUCGCAAAUGUGGAGGACGACGGCAUGGCAGCAAACACGGACGAAGUGUCAUUGACUCCAGUCAGUGGUCGCGACCAAGAACAGCGUGAGAAGGCAGAGCGAAAAGCAGCGAGGAAGGCGGCGAAGAAAGCCGAAAAAGAGGCGAAGCGGAACGGGGAGGAAGAUAGCGAGAUCGAGGACGACACACCGUUCGACUAUGCUGCAGCGCCGAGCAUACUCAACCCACCGCGGGAGCCUCGAAAGAGUGCGAAGGAGCGCAAGAAGGAGGAGAAGCAAAAGAAUCCGUAUGCUACGUCGCUAGAUGCGCCAAAGGGUAUGCCGAGGAAUCAGAAGGAGGGCCCGGGACGGAGUAUGACUUUUAGGAAUUGA